CCGAGGCGGCGACAUGAGCGCCGCGGGGCUGCUGGCUCCGGCGCCCGCUCCGGCUGCAGUGCCGCCCGCUCCGGAGUACUACCCCGAGGACGACGAGGAACUGGAGAGCGCCGAGGACGACGACCGCAGCUGUCGGGGUCGAGAGUCGGACGAAGACACCGAGGAUGCCAGCGAGACCGACCUGGCGAAGCACGAUGAGGAAGAGUAUGUGGAGACGAAGGAACAGAUGUAUCAGGACAAACUGGCGUCAUUGAAGAGGCAGCUGCAGCAGCUGCAGGAAGGUACGCUACAAGAAUAUCAGAAGAGGAUGAAGAAGCUGGAUCAGCAGUACAGAGAGAGGAUCCGGAAUGCAGAGCUCUUCCUCCAGCUGGAAACGGAACAGGUGGAAAGGAAUUACAUUAAAGAGAAGAAGGCGGCGGUGAAGGAGUUUGAAGACAAGAAGGUGGAGCUGAAGGAGAACCUGAUUGCCGAGCUGGAGGAGAAGAAGAAGAUGAUUGAGAAUGAGAAGCUCACAAUGGAGCUGACGGGAGAUUCUAUGGAAGUGAAACCCAUCAUGACCAGAAAGCUGCGGAGGCGACCAAACGAUCCUGUCCCCAUUCCAGACAAGAGGAGGAAACCGGCUCCUGCUCAGCUUAACUACUUGUUAACAGACGAGCAGAUCAUGGAGGACCUGAGAACGCUGAACAAGCUUAAGUCACCCAAGAGACCAGCUUCCCCGUCCUCUCCUGAACACUUGCCUGCCACGCCUGCGGAGUCUCCAGCCCAGAGAUUUGAGGCUCGGAUAGAAGACGGCAAACUGUACUAUGAUAAAAGAUGGUACCACAAGAGCCAGGCCAUCUACCUGGAGUCUAAGGACAACCAGAAACUGAGCUGCGUGAUCAGCUCAGUGGGAGCCAAUGAGAUCUGGGUGAGGAAGACCAGCGACAGCACCAAGAUGCGGAUCUACCUGGGCCAGCUGCAGCGUGGGCUCUUCGUGAUCCGCCGGCGAAAAUUCUUAACUUACCGGGACUAGCUCCUUGGCCUGGGACAUGGAGAACACUGUGGAGUCUUCAGGGCACUCACUUGGCCGCCACUUCCAUCUCUGUACCGCUCUUUCCUGCCUCGGCCUCUUCCAGACCUCAGUCACCAGAGACUCUUGCUUUCGGAGUAUUGGGGCUCAUCCACCUUCCUUGAAUUCCUCUCUUGUCUUGUUUAUACUCAGUCCUUUUUCAGACCUCCUUUGAGUUUGAAGGGAAGCUCAUUUUAACAAUUGUCUUUGGGUCUUUGAAGAGCAGCGGGCGUCCUUUCCCGCCUGAAUCUGAUGGGUGGAUUGUGUGUGCCCAGAAGCCUGGGGCAGGAUUCUCCUGGCUCUGCUUUCUCAGAGAAAUAGAUGAUCUAGAACAUCCCAUCUGCCUUGGGCUUCUACCCCGCUGACUGAGUGUCCUCACCCUGGACACUGCAGCCAACGGAUGGGCUGGGGCACGGGCUCGGCAUGUUCCUAGCAGGGUGGAGGAAGUGGAAAUUUCAGAGGUUUCCAUCUGUAAUCCCUCUCUCUCUCGAUUCCAAUGGCUCCAAGUAUCUACCAGUGCCCCACUGUGGUGUGGGUUCGCUCUUCCCCAUAGCUGGGAUGGCAGGGUGGCCAUGACCAUUCUGUACAGCCUCAGUCUUGUAGCUGGACCCACUGCGGUACUGAGCUGUUCGAUACCACAGAACCCCAGCCUCCCCUGAGGUUUGUCCCACGAUAGUGACAAGGGGAGCUCUGUCAAGCUGCAGCCACCAAGUCUGUGCUGCUCCAGCCCCAGCGAAGCCACCUGUCGCGGCCCUCUUCCUCCCUGGCCUGCUGUCGGAGACCUGACUCGUGUGGCUGGCAGGGGAUUCCUUAUGCUUUAGCUGCCCCAUUGCCACGGUGAAGAAGUGGAUCAGAGCGAUUGUCACCAUCAGUAGGCUGUCCAUGCCUUGUGUUCUUAGCCCCUUGGACUCCAUCCGUGUCGCCUCUUGGUGUGGAAAGCCUCCACGGAAGACUGUACAGCUACUGUUUAUUUAUAGCCACCCUCCCGUGGGAUUUUUAAGAAAACAGGAUAAACGGUGAUGUUUAUUAAUUAA